AUGCCUGAGAAUUUCGCGCAUGCGCUUCCCACGCCGCGGAGCCUGCUGGGAAAGGAGGCCCAAAAUGGCGGCGGGUUUCUCUCAUUUCCAGGCCCAAGAAGCACUUCAGCCAGGGAAGAGUCAUUAGGACAUUAAUUAUUUACUUAUUUAUCGUGUCAGAAGCUAAUUGAGAAUAUAGUCAUAAUGUAUAAACCACAAACAAAGAUAAAAACGUGGCAUUAUGCUAAAUUUCCCUUGACCACUUGGAGUGUGUCUGGUAUUGCUGUGAAAAGGUCCUCCAUUGGGCAUGUGGCAGGCCUCAAGCCUCAUUGUAGUAGGUGGUCUGUGGUUUGCUCCUCUCUGCACUCACAUGUCGUGGACUCCACUUUGCAGCGCCAUUUCUUAAGGAAUCAAACAAGACUGGAAGGACUGAGGUGUGCAUAUUAGCAGAGAAUUGUCGUCUGUGUAUCCCAUUCGCACUACAGACAUCCACCAUGGGUCUCCUGCAGAAGGUACUUGGCACAACUGACAUCCCCUUUUCAACAUUGCGCCCUUGAGGCGGCGGUGGCCGUUGCUCUUCUCCACCGAUCAGCACAGCUGAACAAAGGCCAUCUUGUUCUCAUGCAGCAUAUGUGCAGCUCAGAAAUAUUUUCUCUCGUGGGACGGACAUAAUCUUCCCUUGGAAACUCUCAGUUGGGACAGUCAGCCAGUGAAGAGCGAUGUCCUUUGUGUUCUCACUUGCUGUCAGGUGAACUUUGAUUUAUGGUGGCCUUGUAAAUGAGAGUCAUAGAAUUAUAGAGUUGGAAGAGACAACAUGGGCUACCUAGUCCAACCCGCCCUUCUGCCAGGCAGGAAAAGCACAAUCAAAGCACUCCUGACAGAUAGUCAUCCAGGCUCUACGUAAAAACCUGUCCUCAGGGGUCUUCGCUUUUUGUCCCAAUUUGGUGUAAUUUGCAGACUUGACCAGCAUGUCUUCUAUUCUGUCAUCCCAGUCAUUGAUAAACAUGUCUAUUUUGAUAUUCAGUGAUCUGUCUUGAGGAUCUUAUCUAGUUCCUUCAGAACUACCCUUCAGGAUCUUAAAUCUUUUUGCAACAGUUUCUAUUUUGAUGAAGGACCGAGCCAAGAUAGAAAAGCCUUUUCUAUACGUCACUUGGUGACUUCAGAGCAGACUCAGGCCUCACCAGAAAAUGUUCAUCUCUUUGAGAGUCAGCAUCGUGGUUUGAACAUUGAAUACAUACUCUGGAGAGCCAGCUUUGUAUCUCUGAUCAGUCAUAGAUACCCACAAGGUCACUUUGGGCAAGUCUCACUCUCUCAGCCUUGGUGGAAUGCAAGGGUAAACUCUCCUGAACAAAUCUUGCAAAGAAAGUCCUGCAAGAAGGUUGCCAUUGGUCAGAAAUAGUUUGAAGGCGCACAACAACAACAACAACAACAAUAAAUAAUAAUGUUUUCAUUUCUUACCUGCCUCACCUUGUGGCUCAAUUGUACAGGAGAAGGCCAUCCUGGAGUGAACCUGGACUCAAACCAUGUAGGGCUUUAAAGGUCAAAACCGACACUUUGUACUUUGCCUGGAAGGUCCGCCAAGGCCUUCUUAGGCCAGGAUCGCAGAGCCAAAAAAUGAUCAGUAAUGACUUCCUCUCAAUUGAGAUAUGUUCCUUAAAGAAGAAGAAGGUGCCCCUGGAAAGGGAGCGGGGAAAUCGUCCACCAUUUCUCCACCGGCCUCCAAGAUCUGUCAUCGCCUUGGAGCAGAUACAAAUACUCAGCUCUUGCCUUCCUUUCAGUCUCUUUGGAAACCUGACCCAUUCUCUGGAGAAGGAUGUAUCUUUAAAGGUGUCUCGGUCGAACCUCUCUUCAUGUUUUGGGCUGUUUACCCCCCAUCUGCAUCCAAACGAUGCGCUCCUUCAAAUUAGUUUUAAGCCUUGUGUCCUUUCCCCAUGAAGCUUCAUGCAGUGGCAGAGUGGGACCCCACGAUUGAUGGAUGAGGGACUUUUCUCGGUGCCUUUUGUUGCAUUGCAAGGAAAGCAGGAAGAAGAAGAGGAAGAGGAGGAAGAAGAAAAGUUUGGCAUAAAAGAAACCAUUCGCCUUGUUUUUUUUCUCUCUCUCCUCCCAUGGACUCCUCUCUCCCUUUGAUUCCGCAUCACCAAAUAUUACAUUUUGGAAGGUAACCCUGGCAUUCUUUCGAAAAGGGGAACGUGGAACGGCUAAAGAGGUGUGGCUUUGCAGUUAUUUCCCUGGGAGACCACUGAGAGAUCCACUGCAAAUCCCAGUGAGAAGCAGAAAUGAACAUUGGUCCUUGUUCAGGACACAGGAAGAAAGAUCAGAGGCCUGGACUCUGGGCACCACCUGCCUUGCUGGUCCUCUCAACCCUCCUCUACCUUUUCCCAACAGCUAGAAGCUCGGAGGCUGAGCAGAUGCCUAUUGCAGAGAUCCAGCUGGUCAACGGGCGCAGCCGAUGCCAGGGCCGGGUGGAGAUCCUGCACAACAACACCUGGGGCACUGUGUGUGAUGACGACUGGGACAUCGUGGAUGCCAACGUGGUCUGCCGCCAGCUGGGCUGCGGCCGCGCCAUCGCCAUGCCGGCCACCCUCUCUUUCGGCCAGGGCCGGGGCCCCAUCUUCCUGGACAAUGUGGACUGCAAAGGCACCGAGGCAGCCCUCAGCGAGUGCAGCAGUCACGGAUGGGGCAUCCACAACUGCUACCACUAUGAGGAUGUGGCCGUCACCUGCAACGAGCUCUUGCCUACCCCGGUUCCAGGAGGCCCGACCAGCAAAUCCGCUACUGUCUCUUUGCAAAAUGGGGAAACCGACGGGAGCGUCCGGCUGGUGAACGGGGCCAACUCCUGCCAGGGCCGAGUGGAGAUUUUCUACCGAGGGGAUUGGGGCACGGUCUGCGAUGACGACUGGAGCCUGCGGGACGCUGGGGUGGUCUGUAAGCAGAUGGGCUGCGGCCGGGCCACCGGCUUCCGAACCAACGCCUUCUUCGGCUACGGCACGGGGCGCAUCCUCCUGGACAACGUCAACUGUGACGGGAGUGAGCCGCACCUCUCAGCCUGCUACAGCCUAGGCUGGGGCAUCCAUAACUGUGGGCACCACGAGGACGCCGGCGUCGUCUGCUCCGGACUUGGGGUGACGACGGUCGCUCCCAUCACAACAUCCAUAGCCCAUAUCUAUGGCGAGUUAUUCACCGAUUCGGCGACAGCCACCAAAGGAGGAGCGCCGCCAACGCCGGAGACGGAGGCCAUGCUGACCCCAGCUCUUCUCGUCCUGGAAAAACGGACAGGUGGUGGCAUCCGCCUGGCCAACGGCAACAGCAGCUGCCAGGGCCGGGUGGAGGUCCUCUUUGGGGGCGACUGGGGCACCGUCUGCGAUGACGACUGGGACUUCACCAACGCUCAGGUGGUCUGCCGGCAAGUGGGCUGCGGCUCGGCCGUGGUGGCCACCCUGCUGGGCUACUUCGGCUACGGCGCGGGGCCCAUCCUGCUGGACAACGUAGACUGUGGCGGGGCCGAGCUGGACCUGGCCGACUGCUUCCACCUGGGAUGGGGGCAGCACAACUGCGGGCACCACGAGGAUGCUGGGGUGAUCUGCCGAGGCGCCGGUGAAUUGGGGGAGCCCUUCCUGGAGGAGAGCUUGCCCACGACAGCCUCGACGACCCUUCGCCCCAAGGAUGGCUUCCUGCGCCUGGUCAACGGGAGCCACCGCUGCGAGGGCCGUGUGGAGCUCUUCCUGCUCUCGCAGUGGGGCACGGUGUGUGACGACGCCUGGGACCUCAAGGACGCCCGGGUCGUGUGCCGGCAACUGGGCUGCGGCCGGGCGGUGACUGCCUCCGGCGAGGCCCGCUACGGCCAGGGCACCGGCUACAUCUUCCUGGAUAACCUCAAAUGCAAAGGGGACGAGGCCUCCCUGUUGCGCUGCUCUCACAUCCGCUGGAACGUCCACAACUGUGACCAUUCGGAAGACGCGGGCGCCCGCUGCCACCUCCUAUGAUGUGCCGGCCGACUGAAGCUUCCUCGAAGCGUGUCCAAAGCCUUCUGGGUGCUGCAGUGCCUUGCUACAUCAGUGUUGGCUUAACCAUGAUUGUAUACAUUUGUGUAUAUGUUUGUUGGUAUCACACCAGUCCAGAAGAGAAGACUCCCCAUUCAUCCUCUGCUGUCCCACUUUUCGGCGGUUCUUUUCAAAUGUCCUGAGGAUGCUGGGCUUUGCAGUCCUCGGCUGCUCAAGGGCGUAGACACAUGGAAGGAUCCACCUUGCCAAUGCAAUUAGAUUCAGCCCACCUUUAACAAGAAGCUGCAGCUCCCAGCAGCCUUAGCAAGCAGGAUUAAGGGGUGCUGGGAGUUGUAGUCCAGCUACCAUAUAUGCAGAGCUGGGCUGCCCACGCAUUCGUGGCACGCAGUGGGAUUGAAUUGUUUCAGGGAUUCUGGGAGUUGUAGUCUCCCCGCGUCUGGGCUCAAAACAUGGGAUUUCAAUGAAUACAGGGGGCAUUUAUGGUUUAAAAUUAGUGUUGACGGUAUCCAGAUGUCUAAGACAGGCAUCACAUCCGUGUAAAUAUAUGUAAUUUGGGGAGGGAUGGGUUUCCAUGUAUGUGUGUUAAUAUGACUUGUUGUUCAUAUUACCGUGUCCAUAUUCCACAUGAUGAUGAUUAUUGGCCAUGUAAUUUUUUGUGGUUUGAAUAAAGAAAACCCAUUUAAAUACA